CUCCGGUAGCAGCCAGACGUGCCUGGAGUCACAGGGUAGAACACGUCGCUCCAGUCCACCCACUCGCUCAGAUUUAACCCAGCCUGCCGCCUGCAGCUUGACUCCUCUCAGCUCUCCCCGUUCACACAGCCGUCGAGUGGCUGCAAAGUGGAGGGGCAGGAAUCCUCAUCGCCGCCGCUUGCCUCCAGAGGAGCGCCACACCGUCCCAGUCAGCGCCUUGGCUGGGCUUUUGCUUUGCCAGGGGGUCCAGGAGCUGGGUGGCCGCGGAGGAGAUCCCGGCUCUUUCCUUGGCUUCCGAUUGCCAGCCUUUCACCUCUGGAGAGAUCUCGGGUUGGCAAAAAAAGAAACACGAAGCAGACCCGGUUCGAUGGAACAUAUCCCGAGCGCUCAGCCGCCGCCGCCGCCGCCACCACCUUGCCUGGGCACGCUGGCUCCGCUAGAGAACAACGAGAUGCCAGGGUUGGACUUCGCUCACAUGUAUCAAGUUUAUAAACCUAGAAGAGGGUUAAAAAGAGGCGACGAUAGUAAGGAGACCUAUAAGUUGCCCCACAGACUGAUAGAGAAAAAAAGACGUGACAGGAUUAAUGAAUGCAUUGCCCAGCUGAAAGAUCUCUUACCAGAACAUCUCAAACUUACAACAUUAGGACACUUGGAAAAGGCGGUGGUUCUUGAGCUUACCUUGAAGCAUGUGAAAGCACUAACGAGUCUGAUUGAACAGCAGCAGCAACAGAUCAUUGCACUUCAGAAAGGUUUGCAUACUGAUGAGCUGCCACCAAGGAGCCUUGAUUCUAGCCAGGAGGUGUUUCGGUCUGGUUUCCAGAUGUGUGCCAAAGAAGUGUUGCAAUAUGUGGCCAAACAUGAGAAUGCCAAGGAACUGAAAUCUUCACAGCUCAUCAGCCACCUACACAGAAUGGCUUCUGAGGUUCUGCAGAACGGAACUAGCCGGAAGUCCGGGGAUGCUGCUCCCAAACUUAUGGACCUGAAGGAAAAAUCUGGUUCUCUGACCAAAGCUGCUGAGGCCCAUGGGAAAAAUUGUGUGCCUGUGAUCCAGAGGACUUUUGCUCACUCCUGUGGAGAGCAGAGUGGGAGUGACACCGACACAGACAGUGGAUAUGGGGGAGAACUGGAAAAAAGUGACUCCAAAUCUGACACCCAGUAUUUUAAAAAGGAGUCUGAACUCAAGUAUGCUGUACAGGAAAGAAUCAGUGCCAUCAAACGAGAGAACGAGGACCCACCGGCCAAAAGGACCAGGAUGGAACUAUCGGAGGACGAAGACCAUUUUAGUGGUGACAUGCUUAGCUCUUCCUCAGGCAGCUUCUUGGGCCCUCACUCCCACCAGCCACCUCUGUGCCUGCCUUUCUAUUUAAUUCCACCCUCUGCAACAGCCUACUUGCCUAUGCUGGAGAAGUGUUGGUAUCCGGCCUCUGUGCCUGUCUUGUAUCCCAGCCUCCCGGCUUCUGCUGCAGCCCUUUCAGGGUUAAUGAGCCCAGAGAAAAUGUCUGCUCCUUUACUAAUGCCUCAGCGACUCCCAUCUCCUGCACCUUCCCAUUCUCCUAUGGACUCAACAGCUCUGCUCCAGGCCUUGAAACAGAUGUCUCCUUUGAAUUUGGAAACCAAAGACUAAACAUAGAGUGACUUUCUCUCCAGAUGUUCUCCCCCCCCUUCCCCUGUUUGGUUGAGUUUGAAAUUAUUUCAGGGUUUUCUCCCCACUAAACUGGCUGAAUAGGGGAGAAUGAAGAAACUUAUUUGUGUGUUGGGAAGCCAGGUCGUCUUCUGCUCUGAGCACCCAGGAAAAUUUAGGAAAGGCCUUUGACGGUAUACCCAACUUAGUGAAACAAAAGAGAAAGUGGUUGUUUCUUUUAAUUUUUUUUUAAAAUAUUGAUGUGCUUUUUAUUUCCUGCCAUCUACAGAAUGAUACCUGAUUUAGUCAGCUAGGAUUAUAUUUCUAAGCUGUGAAAGAAAAUGGAGACAUUAGACAGAGAGAGGGCCUGGGAGUAUAAGCAAAUGCGAUAUUUCUGAUGAGCACUUUUCGAAGUAAUAAUCUAGAGAGCCAAGAGCUAGAACUGAACAGUGUGGGCUUCCCCAUCUUGAUGCUAUAGAGAUACAAGAUUUUUAAUAUAAAACACACAUGCCACGCACACUCACAGAGCUACUGAAGCACUGGUAUUAAUUCUGCAAGUAGCAGUCACUGGGUGAUAGAACACAGUAGAUGAUUUGGGGAGACUUUGAGAUGAGUUUCUCAUCAUGUUUCUGCUGAAUAAACAUUAUGUUUUAAAAGCUGCCUAGAAGUUUUGUGUAGCUUGAGCUGCUAGAUAAGGAUUUACUGCGUGGAGGGCAUUCGGUGGGAAUGGCCCAUGUAUAUCCCUGUUCCUUGCACUAGUCAUUGCUGAUAAUAACUACUAGAGAGGAACUUUUGGGACCAUCAAUAAAAAUGCAGAAUAUUUAAAGAGAUGGGCAAACUCUGACUAGCAUGAAAUAGUAUCAGAUGAAUAAUAUGGGGAUGCCCCUGGCUCUUACAGGAUAACUUGAGCUGUUUUCUAGCUGUUAGAAGAGAGAGUCUCCUAUCCCCAUCCUUCUGAGGAUCAGUAUAAAUUGCUGUCACAGCCAAUAGUUUCCGAUUGGCUAUAAUUGUCAGAAUGAAAGCCUUACUAAAUAGCUCAUUGCAGAGCCAUUGUGAGCCCCUGGCAUGACCAAAUUGUUGCCUAGGGCUGAUGAAUGUUGGAGAAUCAAAAACAAUCUAUCUUUUAUCUUUUCGCCUCCUUUCUUGGACCUCAUGAGGAUUAAGUGUGGGUUAUGUGCCAUUUUGUACCACUAAAGGAAUAGAUGGGGAUCCUGGCUAUGGUGCAGACUGGAUUUGGGGGUUGCAGCCGGGUGGGUGGGUGGUAGCCGAAACAAUACUCCCAAAAUAGUAGCUCUUAUUUCCGGUUUGGACUGGUUCUUUCUUUCCCACCCCCACCACAGUUUUGAACAGCUUGAAGAAAUUAAAUUUGGAGACAGAAAAGUAAAGGUUUGGCACCUGAAAUAACUUACUUAUGUUCUGCUAAGGCGGUCCCUUGAAGGAUCAUGGGAUGUUGGCAAGCAAUACUUCUCUGCCAGGUGGCAAUGACAAAUGUUCCUGUGGGCCCUCAUGAAAACCAGGUGUGCUUUUUCAGUGCAGUCCUGCAGGUAGACAACAAUCAUACGCACUCUUGUUUGAUUUCGGAAGCUAAGCAGAGUCAGAGUGGUUAAUGUUUGGAUGGAAGGCCACCAGGGAUUUCCAUAUAACACUAGAAAAGUAUCCUACUUCGGGUAGGUACAAUUUUGAAGAGCUGCUGCCAGUCAAGAGUUGACAGUAUCGGGUUAGAUGGACCAAGAGCCUGACUUUAUAUUCUUAAAAGUUACACUCUCCCACACAAAUCUGAUUGUGACUUGCAUAAUUUCUGGAGUUUCACCUAAAUGAAUUGCUAGAUUCACUGCUCAACUGUGAACCACCUUUUCCUGGGCUAGUUCCCACACAGCGCUGGUGCGCUACAGCACCAAACUAAGAAAUUUGAGAACGUAUCAGAUGAGCCUCCAGAUCUACCUUAGACUGAACACAUUCUGCAUUGAUGAAGUACUCCAUCUGAUUCUAGCUCUUUAGAAAUGAUAAUCCAUGUCGAAUGGUGGUAUCAUCUAGAAGUUUUGAGAAAUCCAUAGAGCGACUUGUCCUAUGAGCUCUCAUUAUGCUAUUGCACCAAGUCCUAGAAUGCACUGUGUUCAACUGCAAAUCGUGUUUGACCAUUGUAUUUUAUUGCUGGAUUUAAAAACAUUUUUUUGUACACAGUUGUUGCCUUUAUUUCUAAAAUCUGUUUAAAUGUGUAUAUAUAAAUAUAUAGUACAUGGAUAUGUAAAAUAAAAUGUUUCAGAAGUCUAUUAUUUGUAAAACUACUUAAGUACAAAGAAAGUGGGGAAAUAUGAAUGUAUUCCUGUUACUUUUAAAUGAGGAGAAUCUUUUGUUCUUCCUCUAGGAAGAGGUACGAGUGUUUAUAUUUUUGAACCUUCUUGAAGGUGGAGAUAUUGUAAAUAUUUUUAUCAGAGUAAAUGUUAAGUAGUUGUUUUAAAAAAACUUAAUAAAAUUCUUUUCCUGUGGAA